CCCAAAUUUCUUCCAUGUUCCUUGAGAAUUAUGGUUUGGAGUUGGUAUCCUUCCAAGUCUCUUCCACCAAGCUUUCACCCGCGUUUCCUUUCCCAACUAAGAAUGCGUCAUAGCAAACUUGUUCGUUUAUGGGAUGAAAAAGAGAACUUUCCCAAGUUUGAAAUGUAUUGAUCUGAGCUACUCAAAUAAAUUGAUCACUACACCAGAUUUCACUGGUCUUCAAAAUCUUGAGGAGUUGGAUCUUGGGGAUUGUACGAAGUUAGUUGAGAUUCACCCAUCCAUUGCAGUUCUUAAAAAACUUAAAGUUUUGAAUCUUCGUGGUUGUGAAAGUAUUAAGAGCCUUCCAAGUGAAGUAGAAAUGGAUGCUCUUCAGUAUUUGAAUCUUUUCGGAUGCUCCAAAGUCAAAAAGAUCCCAGAAUUUUCGAACCAGAUGAAAAGUUUGUCCACGCUUUUUAUACGUGGGACUGCGAUUGAGAAAUUACCUUCAUCGAUUGAACAUCUGGUUGGCCUUACUAGACUGAGUAUGAAUAAAUGCAGAAGAGAGCUGUUUGUUGAUAUGAAAAAUCUCAAAUCUCUUUCGCUUUCUGGACCACUUGCUAAAGCAAGGGAUGAUGGGCCUUGUUGGGGUUUGGUGUUGUCUUCUUUAUUUCAUUUGCGUUGUUUGGAGGACUUAGUACUACGUUAUUGUGAUCUUGGUGAAGGUGAUAUCUCCGAUGAUAUUGGUUGCUUGUCGUCUUUAAAAAAGUUAGAUCUUAGUGGAAACGGUUUUGUUACCCUUCCAGCAAGCAUCAAAUGCCUUUCUCGACUUGAGCGUCUUUACUUGAACGAGUGCCAAAGACUUGAGCAACUGCCAGAUCUUCCGUCAAAUAGGAAAUUAUACGUAUAUGUAAGUGAUUGUACUUCAUUGAAAAGGUUGUCGGAUCCAUCCAAUUUGUAUGAUUUUGCUUUCAGUUCUCUGAAUUGCAUUACAUUGGUGGAAGAUGAAGACUGGAUCAAAACAAUAUAUUCAAGGAUCGUGAAAUACGCAACUGAGAAAAUCUGUCGUCAUCCUAUUGUGUGCCCCGGAAAGGGGAUUCCCGAGUGGUUCAACAAUCAAACUUUGGGACAUGCGCUAGAUGUGGAGCUACCUCCGCAAUCGUGUAGCAGCUGGAUGGGGAUUGCUUUUUGUGUUGUUUUUGCACAACCUAAGGAGAACUUGGGUCUUCUUCAAAAACAAAAUGAGAACUUCCGAAAUCCAGCUGCCCCUCAAACGGAUGGAUUCUGGAUUCGGUGUUUACUUCGGACAAACCGUAAACAGAGUGCACGGAGUUCAUGGUGCUUUACAAGGCCUCUUGUGUCUGAACACCUUUGGAUAUUCUAUUUGCCUCGCAAAGAAUAUCUUCAAGAACAGUUUCUAUUUGAAACUUAUUAUAGUCUCGGAAUGAAUCAACCCAAAGUAGGCUUCAAUGUGGUGAAGAAGUGCGGGGCUCGUGUGGUGUACAAGAAGGAUUUGGAAGAACUCAACCGAACACUAAAAAUCUUGAAGCGAACACAUGAAUAUUGUGAAGUGGGAGCUUCAAGUCAAAGUCGUAGUUUUGACGUCAAAGAACAUACCCGCAAAAGGCACAAGGAAGACAAAUAAUUGUUUCAUGCUUUUUUCAACCAUUCAAUGCCUCAAAGUUUAGUCAGAAUC